AUGAGCCGCGAUUUGAUAUCAGUUCAAAGUUGUUUGUCACCUGCCGUUUCAAAUUUAUUGUGUACGGUUGGGGUCUGCAGUGAUGAAUUAAUAAUCCCGACAGAUUUGGUUUCGGAAGAUUAUGAAGACCAACAUCAUGAUGCAAAAUUCCCAGGACACCUGCAAAGUUUCUUGCAAAGUGGCUUAAUAAAUUGGCAAUAUUUAUCUACCGUCCUUCCUCCAUAUGAAGAAGAUACUACAGAAUAUUUCAGGUGCUGUGUCGGAAAUUUAGCCCCAUGUUUCCUGGAGGCUAAAAAAGAAUUGAAAAAGCUGACAAGUUCUGAGUAUCAUGACAAAUUUUCAAAACUUUUGGCAUGGACAGGAAAUGAACAGAUUUUUCCCAAGAUCCUUCAACUUCUACAUGAAGAAUGUCCAGUGAAUGAUUUACUCUCUCUUCUUUUAAUCACUUCCCAACUGGAGAGAUCACUUGGAAAUGUUUACUUACUGAAGAAAUCACAAUGUCCUUCAAUGCUGAAGACUUUGCUUGUCACAGAAGAAUUAAAAGAAAUCUUUGGAAAAUCAGUGGUUGAACUUCUGAGAGUUGUAAUUGGCCCACCAAUUUCUUUGAAUUUACGAAAUGUUGCAUGGCACGGAUUCCUCUUCCCAGGCAGCAUUCCCAAUCAAUAUGCUUACUUUCUCUUGUUGCUGAUCCCAAGUCUUGGCAUCAUCUUGUCUCAGACAUACCCUUCCAUUCCCAAGAGAAUGCCUGUAAACUUUCAGUCAAAUAUUGACUACCUGGAAAAAGCUUUACCAGUUUUGGAAAAUAACUCAAAUUGGAAAACUAACUGUGAAGAAUUAUUCAAACAUUCAAAAUUAAUUCUUCCGCCCAAUAAAAUUGCUUGGUUGAAAUGCAUCCACUUAUACGAACAACAAAAGUUUGGCUUUUUUGUGUCUUUGAUGCUGCCAGAAAUCGAGCAUGCUCUACGAAGAAUCUUUUGUACAGUCAAUGAAUGCAGUCACAGAAUGCUCACGGCAGAGUCUAGUGUGCUGUAUACUACCCUUGAUGAGAUCUUGUCAAAAUAUCUGUCAGACGGUAAAGAGAACCAAUUAAAAGAUUUACUUCAUCCUUCUACAAUGGAUCUGCUCCAUGAUUUGUUUGUGUAUCCAGAAGGGCCUCGGGUCCGUGACAGAGUCAGCCACGGAGAGACAGAUAUCUGUUCUUUCUUUCAUAAAAUUGCUUCUGCUCUUUUUGCACUUUCAUUUGCUCUAGCAGCCGAGUUCCUUGCAGAUGACCUACACUUUUUGUCGAAUGUUGAAUUACAAAGACAAGUGCAAAUGCUCCAAGAAUACAAAUCCAUCUUCCAUCCAGUCAACUUAACACAUCAAAAUAUUGCUAAAGUCUUUAAUUUAAUUUCGACAAUUCAAGAAAAUGUCCUCUUCUGGCCUGACUUAACAAAAAAGACUGAAUCCAAAUCAUCAUCUACCACAUCUGAAAAAGCCAAAUAUUUGGAAAAAGACACUUCACCUCAACUGUCUCUGAUUCGUUCUACGAUCAAACAAAUUUUGGAAGAACUUCUUACUUUCUGGAAUCUGGAGAUGACUUUAUUGGAAUUAAUGAGUUAUCUUCAUAGCUUCACGAAUCCCUGCUUCCUGCAAAAACUGACUGCAAAGAAAACCAACACACUUUACUUGGGACAAGAAUCUUCAGAAAUACAUCAGGGUAUGGACAGCAGUAGUAGCCACCCCGCAGUUCGUACAAAUGAAAUGUUAUUGUUACUCUACCGAAACUCAAGUGAAGCAGUGGAGGUCAUCACCCAGAUGAAAGAAACCAUUUUAGUCAAGCAGCAACAACUGGAAGACAAGAAGCUAAGAUCUCGUAGCAGAAAUACUAUUCCCUGUUUGUGUCAUGGUUUCCAGAUAAUUUCAAUUGUUCUUCUGUUUGAAAUCCUCUCAAUUGAAAAAUUUCACAAAUUGAAAAGAGAACAUCAACAGAAGCUGAUAAAAUGCCUGAAAGUUCUCUCAAGGUACAACAAUGACAUCUAUGAUAUCUAUCUAUCUCACCCUCUUCAUUAUAUAUCUAUCUAUCCUGUUCAUUAUAUAUCUAUCUAUCUCAGCCCGUUCAUUAUAUAUCUAUCUAUCCUGUUCAUUAUAUAUCUAUCUAUCCUGUUCAUUAUAUAUCUAUCUAUCUCAGCCCGUUCAUUAUAUAUCUAUCUAUCUCAGCCCGUUCAUUAUAUAUCUAUCUAUCCUGUUCAUUAUAUAUCUAUCUAUCUCACCCUCUUCAUUAUAUAUCUAUCUAUCCUGUUCAUUAUAUAUCUAUCUAUCCUGUUCAUUAUAUAUCUAUCUCAGCCCGUUCAUUAUAUAUCUAUCUAUCCUGUUCAUUAUAUAUCUAUCUCACCCUCUUCAUUAUAUAUCUAUCUAUCUCAGCCCGUUCAUUAUAUAUCUAUCUAUCCUGUUCAUUAUAUAUCUAUCUAUCUCAGCCCGUUCAUUAUAUAUCUAUCUAUCCUGUUCAUUAUAUAUCUAUCUAUCCUGUUCAUUAUAUAUCUAUCUAUCUCAGCCCGUUCAUUAUAUAUCUAUCUAUCCUCCUAUUAUCUAUCUAUCUCAGUCUCUUCAUUAUAUAUCUAUCUAUCUCAGCCCGUUCAUUAUCUAUGUAUCUCAACCUGUUCAUUACGUCUCUAUUUCAGCCUAUUUAUUAUCUAUCUAUCUAUCUCAGUCUCUUCAUUAUUUAUCUAUCUAAGCCUGUUCAUUAUCUAUCUCAGUUAG